GGCUCGCAGAGGGUCUUGAGGUCGCCCAGUGGACAAGUAAGAGACCCCUGAACGCAAGGCGGCGCAGGGGCAGACGGAUUCUGGCAAGCAAAGCGGGGACUAUUUAGGACUAUUUUAGGACAGUUAAACCUGGAUUGUGAAACAAAGGUGGAGAUUGGCCUCAAUCCAUAGGAGAGAGGAGGGAUGAAGAAGCAUAAAAGAAGGUUCCUAACUAAACUUUGUUGAGAUCUCCCCACCAAAGGAUCACAGAUCACAAUGGAGGACCAGCAGGACACUGUUUGGGACCUGAGACCACAGGGACGCCUUUGGACCCAUGCUGGGGGCCAGGGGCCGCAAGGACGCAGCGGUGCUCCCGGUGCCCGCCCCCCCGAGCCGAGCGGGGCGGAGCGGCAGGACUACACCUCCCGUGCUGCACCGGCGGCGGGCGGCCCUCCCGGGCUGACGCUGCCGGCGGUUCCCGCCGCCGCCUUUGUCCGUGCGGGGCUGGCGGCGCGGCCCCGGCGCACGUAGGGAAGGUUUGGGUACUCGGGAGCUUCCAAAACUCCUCUUUUCACAGCUCUUUCUCGCCUUUACCCCGAGGCGGCCGGGUCGGUGGGUGACGCUCUUUGGUGGCUCCUUUUCCCAGUACCUGUGGAGGCUCGGGGUGCAGGGAAGGCAGCUGUGAGCAGGUGGGUGAACUUGUGUCCCCGAUAUCUUCAUGAAAAUGUUGUGCUUGCAGGGACCAUCUGUCCUGGCUGUGCUGGUGCGGCUGGUGACGGGACAGGCACCUCGAGUGGAAUCCGGAGCAUCCUGCCUCCCUCUUCCCGGAUCAAUACCUGCACAGGCCUCCAUCUCCGCGCCGAGAGCAGCGACGCGCCGGGCUCCAGGCUGCUGCGGCAAGAUGUCGGUGAUGUUUGAGGACGUGGCGCUCUACUUCUCCCCCGAGGAGUGGGCAAAGCUGUCGGGCUGUCAGCGGCAGCUCUACCGGGAGGUGAUGCUGGAGAACUACCAGAUGGUCACCUCGCUGGGCGCAGCUUUGAGCUGUUCCCAGGUGUCCUGUCUGCAGGAGAGUGGCCGAGGUGACGGGGGCGAGGCGAGAGGAGGCUGUAGGCUGGGCCACCGUCAAACCAGAGAUCAUCUGCAAGAUGGAGCGAGAAGAGACACCGUGUGUGCCAGAACUCCCUGGGGAGUGGCAGAGGCACCAGAGCCCUGUGCCAGUGACCCCUGCAUCUCCUCCCCAGCAGCCGUCAGCCCUGGGACACAGAAGGAGACCAAGCAUGUCCCUGAGGGGCUGCCAGGACCCACCUCCCUGCUCCCUGGGAUGCCAAGCCCUGGCACAAGACAUCAGAUGGGCUUGGCCUGUGGCCAGUCAGGUGGGGACAUAUACAAACAGAACCCACUGAAUCACCGUGUGCACAGCAGCGAGAAGCCCUUUGCCUGUGGAGACUGCAGCAAGAGUUUCACAAAGAAGUCGAACCUCAUCAUCCACCAGCGCAUCCACACCGGGGAGAAGCCCUUUACCUGCACCGACUGUGGCAAGAGCUUUGUCCAGAGGCAGCAACUGCUGAGUCACCAGCGCAUCCACACCGGGGAGAAGCCCUUUACCUGCACCGACUGUGGCAGGAGCUUCAGGGAGAAGUCCAAGCUUAUCAGCCACAAGAGCAUGCACACUGGGGAGAAGCCCUUCACCUGCCCUGACUGUGGCAAGAGUUUUGGCCGCAGGUACAGCCUACUGAGGCACCAGCGCAUCCACACCGGGGAGAAGCCCAUUGCCUGCUCUGACUGUGGGAGGAGGUUCAAGGAGAAGAACAGCCUCAUCAUCCACCAGCACACCCACACUGGGGAGAAGCCCUUUGCCUGCACAAACUGCAGCAAGAGCUUCAGGGAGAAGACUAAACUCAUCAUCCAUGAGCGAAUGCAUACCGAGCAGAAGCUCUUUACCUGCUCCUACUGCGGCAAGAGCUUUGUCAAAAGGCCCAACAGUCUAGGGCACCACUGCAUCCACACUGGGGAGAAACCCUUUGCUUGCACCAACUGCAGCAAGAGCUUCAAGGAUAAGAAGAGCCUCAUCAUCCACCAGCGCAUCCACACUGGGGAGAAGCCCUUUGCCUGCACCAACUGCGGCAAGAGCUUCAGGCAGAAGGCGACUCUCAUCACCCACCAGCGCAUCCACACAGGGGAGAAGCCCUUCACCUGCACUGACUGUGGCAGGAGCUUCAGGGAGAAGAAGAGCCUCAUCACCCACCAGCGCAUCCACACUGGGGAGAAGCCCUUCACCUGCAAUGACUGUGGCAAGAGCUUUAGGGAGAAGGCAAGACUCAUGAUUCACCAGCGCAUCCACACUGGGGAGAAGCCCUUCACCUGUACCAACUGCAGCAAGAGCUUCAGGGAGAAGAAGCUCCUGAAGAGACACCAGCAGGUGCACCAUGGCCUGGGUCUUGUGCCAGUGGGUAGCCAGCAGAAGAGGGGAGAUCUGUCUGCAUCAGGUGGGCAGGCAGAGGCCAAGCCCUUCCAGUGCGGUGUCUGCGAGAAGCGGUUUUGGAAGGAGAGGCUCUUGCUGGCUCACCAGCGCACCCACGGCACCCCCAGCUUGCAGCCGCCUGCGCAGUCCGGCACCCCCGAAUCUGCCACCAAGGGGGCUGUUGGUCACCAGGGGCUGCUGUGUGGGUGGCUGUGGGGGAAUGUCCAUGUUUUCUUUGGGACAGAGAUCCGGAUCUUCGGCAGCUCCCCCCUGCUGCUCUAUCAGCUGUACCGGGCUCUGUUUCCACAGCCCAUCUUCGGCUGUCACAGCUUCACCGCUGUCUCUUCUUCAUGCGAGAUCCUCUUCAUACAGGAUCAUAUCAGGGUCACCAUAUGGACCAUCUGUCCUGGCUGUGCUGGUGCGGCUGGUGACGGGACAGGCAUCUCAUGUGGAAUCCGGAGCAUCCCGCCUCCCUCUUCCCGGAUCAAUACCUGCACGGGCCUCCAUCUCCGCACCGAGAGCAGCGACGCACCGGGCUCCAGGCUGCUGCGGCAAGGAGAGGUCAAGGGAGUCAGGAGCUUUGUCCAGAGGCAGCACCUGCUGAGUCACCAGCAUGUUCACAGUGGGGAGAAGCCCUUCACCUGCACCGACUGUGGCAAGAGCUUCAGCAUCAAGAGGUAUCUCAUCAUCCACCAGCGUAUCCACACUGGGGAGAAGCCCUUCAGCCGCACUGAGUGCGGUAAGAGCUUCAUCCAGAAGAGCAGCCUGCUUGGGCACCAGAGCAUCCACACCGGGGAGAAGGCCUUCACCUGCAUCGAGUGCGGUAAGAGCUUCAGCCGGAAGAGAAGCGUGCUUGAGCACCAGAGCAUGCACACUGGUGAGAAGCCCUUCACCUGCACUGACUGCGGCAAGAGCUUCAGGAGGAAGGGAGACCUCACCAUCCACCAGCGCAUCCACACCGGGGAGGAACCCUACAAGUGUUGCAAGUGCGGCAAGACCUUCAAGCAGAAGUGGCACCUGAUGAGACACCAGUGUGUGCUGAAGGACCCAGAUAUUGUGCUGGAGGGUGUCCAGCAGAAGAGGGAGGGUCCUUCCCCAGCAGGGGGGCAGGCAGAGGCCAAGCCCUUCCAGUGCGGUGUCUGCGAGAAGCGGUUUUGCAAGGAGAGGCUCAUGCUGGCUCACCAGCGCACCCACGGCACCCCCAGCCUGCAGCCGCCUCCGCAGCCCGGCACCCCGAUCCGGAUCUUCGGCAGCUCCCCCCUGCUGCUCUAUCAGCUGUACCGGGCUCCGUCUCCACAGCUCGUCUUCGGCUGUCACAGCUUCACCGCUGUCUCUUCUUCAUGCGAGAUCCUCUUCAUACAGGAUCAUAUCAGGGUCACCAUAUGUCUAAUUUUGCUGACCUGCGAGGGGGAGAUGGGACCCGUCCGAGUAGACAAGGCAAAGGAAUGUUUGCCAACAGCCACCCGGCCCGUCCCCACCAGCCGGCGUGUCCCGCCGUGUCUCGGUGCCCCCGAGCCCAGGACUCCAUUUGCAGGGGACCCGAGUGGCCAGGGGUGGCGGGCAGGGCCAGGGGCCGCAAGGACACAGCGGUGCUCCCGGUGCCCGCCCCCCCGAGCCGAGCGGGGCGGAGCGGCAGGACUACACCUCCCGUGCUGCACCGGCGGCGGGCGGCCCUCCCGGGCUGACGCUGCCGGCGGUUCCCGCCGCCGCCUUUGUCCGUGCGGGGCUGGCGGCGCGGCCCCGGCGCAGGGACCACCUGUCCUGGCUGUGCUGGUGCGGCUGGUGACGGGACAGGCAUCUCAUGUGGAAUCCGGAGCAUCCCGCCUCCCUCUUCCCGGAUCAAUACCUGCACAGGCCUCCAUCUCCGCACCGAGAGCAGCGACGCGCCGGGCUCCAGGCUGCUGCGGCAAGAUGUCGCUGACGUUUGAGGACGUGGCGCUCUACUUCUCCCCCGAGGAGUGGGCAAAGCUGUCGGGCUGUCAGCGGCAACUCUACCGGGAGGUGAUGCUGGAGAACUACCAGAUGGUCGCCUCGCUGGGCUGGGCCAAUGUUAAGCCAGAGAUCAUCUGCAGGAUGGAGCAAGAAGAGACUCUAUGCUUGCCGGACCCCCGUGGGGGGCAGCAGAGGCACCACUCUGUGCCAGCAGCUGUUGGCCCUGGGGUACAGAGGGAGACCAAGGGGCUCCCAGAGGAGCUGCUGGCACCCACUGCCCUGUUCCAAACUAUGCCCAACCCAGGUGGGAGGUGGCAGGGGGGCUUGUCCUGUGACCAGCUGGGCGGGAGGAAGGAGGAUCAGUUGGGGCACCCACGCCUCCCCCCACUCCUAGACGCCCAUUCAUUGGAGAAGAGCCCUGCCACGUGCCCCAAGUGCAACAAUAGCUUCAAGACAGCACUGGAUGUCCAUGUGCGGAGCCACAUACGUGAGCAUCCCUUCCACUGCACUCUCUGUGACAAGAGCUACAUCUACAAGCAGAACCUGCUGACUCACCAUCAUGUGCACAGCGGAGAGAAGCCCUUUGCCUGCAGCGACUGCAGCAAGAGCUUUGUCAGCAGGCGGAGUCUGCUGAGGCACCAGCGUGUCCACACUGGGGAGAAGCCCUUCACCUGCACUGACUGUGGCAAGAGCUUUGGCUUCAACAAUGUUCUGGUGAACCACCAGCGCAUCCACACUGCGGAGAAGCCCUUCAGCUGUACCGUCUGCGGCAAGAGCUUCAGGGAGAGGACAAACCUUAUCAGCCACCAGCGCAUCCACACAGGGGAGCGUCCCUUCACCUGCACUGACUGUGGCAAGAGCUUUGUCCAGAGGCAGCACUUGCAAAGUCACCAGCGCAUCCACACCGGGGAGAAGCCCUUCACCUGCAGCAAGUGUGGCAAGAGCUUCAGGGAGAAGAAGAAACUUGUCAUCCACCAGCGCAUCCACACAGGGGAGCGUCCCUUCACCUGCACCGACUGCAGCAAGAGCUUUACCCAGAGGCAGCAACUGCUGAGGCACCAGCUCAUCCACACUGGGGAGAAGAUGUUUGCCUGCAGCGACUGUGGAAAGAGCUUCAGGGAUAAGAAGGAGCUCAUCAUCCACCAGCGUGUCCACACCGGGGACAAGCCCUUCACCUGCACCGACUGUGGCAAGAGCUUUGUCAGCAGGCCAAACCUGCUGAAGCACCAGCGUGUCCACACCAGGGAGAAGCCCUUCACCUGCACUGACUGCGGCAAGAGCUUCAGUCACAGGGUGACCCUCACCAUCCACGAGCGCAUUCACACCAGGGAGAUGCCCUUCACCUGCACCCACUGCCCCAAGGCCUUCAAUGACAAGAGGUACCUCACCAUCCAUGAACGCAUCCACACUGGGGAGAAGCCCUAUAAGUGUGAUGUGUGCGUCAAAACCUUCAGGCAGAAGCACCACCUGAAGACCCACCAGCAGGUGCACCAUGGCCCAGGGGUGCUGCCAGAGGCCAACUAGUGGGAAAAAGGGGGUCUGUCCCUGGUCGGGGGGCAGGCAGAGGCCAAGCCCUUCCAGUGCGGUGUCUGUGAGAAGCAGGUUUGGAAGUAGAAGAUCACACUGGCUCACCAGCGCACCCACGGCACCCCCAGCCUGCAGCCGCCUCCACAGCCCGGCACCCCCUGAAUCUGCUCUUGAAGUGCCCAUGGGGCACUGGGGGCUGUUUUGAUGGUGGCUGUUGGGGGAUGUCCUGGUUUCGGUUGGGAUAGAGUUAAUAUUCUUCCUACUAGCUAGCAUUGUGCUGUUUUGUAUUGAGGAUGAGAAUAAUGUUGCUAAUACCUGGAUGUUUGGAGUUGUUGCUGAGCAGUCAAGGACUAUUCAGGUUCUGGUGCCCUGCCAGCUGGGAGGGGGCACAGCCGGGACAGCUGAAACAAAGUGGCCAAAGGGCUGUUCCUUACCAUAUGAGGUCAUGCUCAGUAUAGAAACUGGGAGGACUUGGCCAGGAGCACCACAGCUCAGGGACGGGAUGGGCAUCAGUCAUCAAGUGGUGAGCAAUUGUGUUGUGCAUCACUUAUUUUGUAUGUUCUUACAUCAUCAUCGUCGUCAUUAUUCUUUUUCUCUUCUAUCCUAUUAAACUGUCUUCAUUUCAACCCACAUCACAUUUCAACACACAUCACUGGAUGAGCCAAAUUUAAGUUUUAUGUUAAUCAUUUAGCUUAAAUAAGUACAUUUUUAAUAGCGUGGGUCACUUAGAAUUAUAAGAUUGUUUAUUUUUAGUAUACUAUCUGCUUCACGUUUCUUAGUAGCUAAAUGUGCUGACAUCUUAAACUGUGUGUUGUAAAGUUCUGCUUAUAUGCACCACACUUGUGUCUACUUGAGCAAAACAAAGCGGCUACAAACCAUCAACACCACCUGCAUGAUAUGGCUGUUUUGCACAUUGUAGAGCAAAACAGGACCCACCUGAGGCCAAUAAUACCUUCAAGGCUGGCACGAAGUUGCUGUGGACCAUCAAUGACAUCUGAAGCAAAAGAAGAUAAGGGUCUGACUGAAGACAGUGUAAGGAUCCAAUGAGAAUCAAGAAGACCCCAGACUCAAAUAUUAGUAUUGGAUGGGAUCAUCACAUGAGGGGCAGGUAUAAUGAUAUAUACUGUGAGGGUAUAAUUACCCAGGGACUUAGAUGCUGGGCUCAGCGGCUCUGUGAAGGCACCCAGCUCGAACUGACCCUGCUGCUGGACCAGUCCAUUCAACUGUUUAUUUUGACAAGCUUUGAUGCCUGAGAGGUUGCUUCAAGAGACAUGGGAUCCAGACUUUAGAGUGACUUGGAGGUAAGCAGGUUGAGAUGCAGGAUGAAACAUGGAUGUGGCAGUACGCUGAGAUCAGUCCUGUGAGGAGCCACAAGAGUCGUCGAGUGUGAGAACAAGCAGUGGGACAGUAUGCUACGUGAUAGAAAAAAGGAAGGAACACAUACAUUAAGGACAGGGGAAUAGUGUGUGAUAGAUUAAAAAGCAUGUAUGGCAGUAACUUUGGAAACACAAAAUAUAUCACUUAUGUAAUGGCUAACUAAGCAAAUCAGCAAGUGCUUGAGUAAGCACCAUACAAAGUAUAAAUGAAAGCCUGAGUUUGUAAUAAAUGUCUCUCCGUGACCCUUA